GCGGAAGUCGUACUGCAGGGGGAGGAAGCUGACAGCAUGUGGGAUGAAGGCUGCGAAGCACACGCCGCACAGCAGCACGGAGGAGUAAUGAUGAGAGGCUGAGCUCUCCACAGCACAAGUUCAAUUCUUACACGACUCGUCAGAAAAUAGCUCAGCCAUGUCGGGAGUGUUAGCACGGCUGCUCUUCUAUCCCACGUUAGCCUACAACGUUGUCAUGGAGAAGGUGUCCUCGAGACGGUGGUUUGACCGAGUGGAUGAAACUGUGAUCCUCGGAGCGCUGCCGUUCAGGUCCAUGACCAAACAGCUGGUGGAAACAGAAAAUGUUCGAGGGGUGAUCACCAUGAACGAAGAGUACGAGACCAAAUAUUUCUGCAACUCAGCCCAGGAGUGGCGGGCUGCUGGUGUGGAGCAGCUCAGGCUGAGCACUGUGGACCUGACUGGUGUCCCCAGCAUGGAGAACCUCCACAGAGGCGUGGAGUUUGCACUGCAGCAUAAAGAGCAGGGAACCAGUGUGUACGUGCACUGCAAGGCUGGACGUUCCCGGAGCGCCACAUUAGCUGCCGCCUACCUCAUACGGUUACACUGCUGGACUCCAGAAGAGGCCUGUCAGAAGCUGGCAUCUGUUCGACCGCACAUCCUAGUACGCUCCGCUCAGCUGGAGAUGCUGAGGAAGUACUACCAGCAGAUAUGUGCACAGUCUAGCUGAGAAAGUGGGGCAGUGUGUCGGACCUCAUCGUGUUCCCACUGGAGGUGGGAGACGGCGACUCAGAGCCUUGAUCAAAACAACAGUAACAGGAAAUGCAACUGUUCCCUUUUCAGCAAGUCCUCUUUGGCAUGUGUACAGCUGCAGAACAGAACAUGUUGUUUAUCUGUUUUUGUUACUCUUUAAUAUAAUUUUGUUGAAAGAAAUUUUCCUUUUUAGAAUUUGAUUUCCAGCCACGUUAUUCUGUUUUAACUAACAAACUAAGACAAAUCACUGCAAUGCUCUCCACGUUUGUUCUUAAAAAAGAAAACACUCCCCUCAGAGCCGGCUGACGUCAGCUGGAGUUUAGUCAACAAGAUGAGAACACUGUAAUGAAUAAAUCAGUAAUGAAGGUGUUUCUGUGUAGACUGGAAAAUAUUUGCUUUAUAUUUUUCUGCAGUGCCUCAUAAUGUAAAAAAAAUGACCAUAAAUAAAUGUUUAUGACAUAAA